UAUUAUUAUGCAUUAAAACAUGAUGGAAACAUUAAUUAAGAGGAAUAGUUUUUAAGUUUAGUGAAAGAAGAGUUAGAUGAUUUAUAAAGUGUAAUAGAGAAUUCAUUCAAUUUUGAAGUGAAUCAUGUACUUAGUUAUAAUCCAAAAUUUACAUAUGAUUUAUUAUUUAAAUUGGCAAAUCAACAGAAAACUUUGAAAAGUGUAAAUUUUAACAUUUACAGAUAUGCAAAUCCUUAACAAAGUGAAUUGGAUUAGAAUAGAGAAAUAUUGGCAACCCUUUAUUAACAUGUUAAUGAGCAAUACAAUACAAUAUUUUUGAAAAACUUUCUUUAUGAAGAUAAAUAUGUAAAACAAUAAAAUUUGUCCGAAGGAAUUGUUAGUUAUUCACAUGUAAUAAUAUAAAUUCUAAUGCAAUUUAGUUAGUAGAUAUGUUAAAGUUGAUGCAUUUCAGAGGUUCUUUGGUGUUUGAGUAUAAUAAAAAUUUGGAUAGGAAUGUGGAAUUCAUAGACCAGUUGUUAUAAUCCAGCAAAUACAUAUUGUCUGAAAAACAUAAAUUGGGAGAAGAGCAUGAAUCUCAUAUUGUGGAUGGAGAUACAAUGCCACCUAUUGAUAUUUGA